AUGGUCCCCCGAAAUCCACUCAAGACCAAGGCUAAGGCAAUCUCAUUUGCGAAUGACAAAGAGAUAGAAGAGCUUGAGACUAAGCUGCGUGCACUUCAAAGCACGCGAAGCACACUUCAGCGCAAGAAGCGAAGCUUGAAUACCAACUUCGGCAAGUCAACUGAUGACUACACCUGCAUAUUGAACCGCCAGUUCGCCGCCGAGAUGUUCGAACGUCUCUCUGCCCGCGAAUUGCGAGACAUGGUUUACUUCCAUCUCAUGGGUGGGGCUCCAGAUGUCAGCAUCAUACAACGCGGAAAGGACCUGCCCGAUAACGAAGGAAACUGGUACUACUUCCACGUUGAUCACAGUGACCGUCGCGGCCAGGCUCGCGUUCUCGACAACAAAUUUGCGCACUACUUUAAAGAGAAGUAUAUGGGAAAGGAAUUCAUGAUCGAAUUCGCGGAAGAGUUCAACAGGCAUGCCUCCUACAACGUCUGGCACAUCGAUGACGUUCCUUUCCUACUUGGUGUUGGCCCCUUGAGAGACGCGCCCUUCCGACCCCUCGAUUUCCUCCGAACGCUUUCAGUCGACAUAUUCAUUCCCAUCCCCUACCAUCUUGUCCCACCUGGCCGGGACUAUAUGGAUUUUGCGCAACGCCCCCAGGACUAUGUGAUAGCUCGUCACAUGACAGCAGAGGCUAAUUUAAAGAGGGAACGCUUCGAGAGCCAGGUGAGUUGGCUUGGCGAUCUCGCGGCAACAGCACAAGUUUCCAGAAUGAGCGUCACACUUAAUGUCAGUGUGCGGACGAAGAUUGCGCUUUACAGGUACAAAGCUGUACUGCUCCCGCAUAUCCAAACGCUUGUCGAAAAGGAUUGCAAGGUCGUUGUUUCGUACGAGAAGCGGGGCAGGAACGUAUACCCGCAGCCGGGGGAUACCGAAACAGUUAACUAUGAUCGGAGCAUGUUGCUGUCAGCGGGCCAGGUGGAAGCUGCUAUCGCCGCUCCUUUCGAAAGUCCCCCUGAUAAAUUUACUCUAGAAACCAUUUUUUCACCCAAGCGCGCAUGUUAG